AUGCCAACGACCAGUGCUUCACCUAAGCCAAGUACCAGCCGACAGGGAUCCCUGACCGACCUGUUCGAGAGUAUUACUCCUUACGAGCAUAACUCGAAGCGGCACGCAGAAAUAACUCUGGCAAUAACGGAGUUCAUAGCCAAGGACAUGAUGCCCAUUCGUGUAGUGACCACGCCUGGGUUUAUUGAUUUGGUACGCACACUGGAUAAGCGGUACCGAAUGCCGUCACGCACACAUUUUAGCCAGGUAGCCAUACCUGCGCUAUAUAAAAAAUGCAGACAGAGAGUUGCAGCGGAGCUGAAAACAGUGGAGUUUUUUGCAACGACAACUGAUCUUUGGUCAAGCCGCACAACGGAGCCAUACCAAAGUCUAACGGUGCAUUUUAUCGACCAAGACUUAAAACUCAAGGCGCGCUGUCUUCAAGUGUCCUAUUUCCCGGACGACCACACGGGAGAAAACAUUGCAGCCGGCCUGAGAGAGGGUCUCGCCGGCUGGGAUCUACCGGAAGAAAACCACGUCUGCAUAACGACGGACAACGCAGCUAAUAUGGUGCUGGCAGCACAGCUGAACGACUGGACCAGACUGCAGUGUUUUGGGCACAGAUUACAUCUUGCCAUCGGACAUGCACUCAAAGAUGACAGAGUGUCAAGAGCAGUAGGGCUGUGCAAGAAGGUGGUGGGGCACUUCUCCCACAGUUGGAAGAAGAAGGCAGCAAUGAGUGAAGCACAGAGGGAGCUCAAACUUCCUGAGCACAGUCUUAUUACUGAAUGCCCAACAAGAUGGGGAUCCAAGGAAAUGAUGAUUGCCAGGGUGCUAGAGCAGCUCAAAGCCAUUUCGCAGGUGUUGUCCGGUGACCGAUACGCACGCUCCCUCAUCCCAACCUGGCAGGAUAUUGACGUGUUGGAGUCUAUUCACAAGGCACUGCAUCCUCUCCUGGACUUUACAGAUGCUCUCUCAGGAGAGGAGUAUGUGAGCAUCUCCUACCUCAAACCAGUUCUUCACCUUCUAGCCACAUCAAUCCUGGCUGAAGAUCAAGAGGACACUGACCUGACUAGGUCAAUCAAAAAUAAGGUCCUGGCAUACCUCAAUGAAAAGUACAAGGACCCCAUCAUCCAGGAGCUUUUGGAUGUUGCAUCCUUCCUGGAUCCCAGGUUUAAAACCCGGUACAUCACUGCGGACAACAUUCCCACCGUUAAGACACGACUCAAGACUGAAAUGUUGGAAUCAGCAAGGCGUGCAUAUAACCAGGAGAAGAGGUCUCGAACCGAAAGCACUCAAAGUGCACAGCCCUCUGGCGAGAAGGUGAAGAAGUCUCUUGGCAGCUUCUUCAAGACUGCUGUGGCCUCUUCUGCUUCUCCCGUGCAACCUGAAGAUGUCGCUGAGGCAGAGUUAAAUAGUUACCUCAUGACCCCUGCCAUUGAUGGAGAAGAUGACCCCUUGGCCUGGUGGAAGGUGCACAAGAUCAACUUUCCACGACUGUGCAAUAUGGCCCGCAAGUACCUCUGUGUCCCUGCCACAAGUGCUCCUUCAGAGCGUCUUUUCAGUGCUGGAGGGAAUAUCGUUACUUGCACUCGCUCAUCUUUAAAACCAGCAAAAGUUGACAUGCUGGUUUUCCUGGCAAAAAAUCUGUGAUCUCCUGAGAGCCAUACAGAAGAAUUUGCACUUUAAUAUGUUGUGUGCUGCUGUUACUGAGUGAAUAUAUUUUCAUUGAAUGUUCAGGAAGUUUUUUUUUUUCCUCCUUAAAAUUUAAUAGUAACAUACACUAGUUUGUUUUGUGUUCAUUGGGAGUUAAUGCCCAGUUGGUUAAAGCAGAUAUUUGUUGUUUUUACUUUUCCUGCACUGAAGUGUGUGUGAUGUUACUGACUGGAGAUCGGUAGCUUUAUUUUUUAUAUCUGUGUAUUUUAUUUAUUUAUUUAUAGA